GAAAAAAAGGGCCUUUUUCGUUACAGUGUAACGGCCUGGUAAAUUGCACCUAGCUCCUCCAAAAUUAAAUCAAAUUUUUCGAAUUUUAUAUGGGAAAUAGAGGAGCUCAAGCUGCGUCGAAUGGCGCUAGAACGAAUUCUCUAGCUCAUUUCGUUUUUGAGAAAAGCGGAUUUUAAUGCGUCAAAAACGUUACAGUGUAACGCGUGAACAAGCCGAUAAGUAAACUUUACAACGAGGUUUUUUCUCAUAGUUAUAUGCUGAUGCUGUAGUAUAUUCUUUUAUUUAUUUAAUCAGAAAUGUAACUGAUAUGCAAGCCUAGUUUGAGACAAAUUGUCCCCCAUUAUUCAUACAGACAUGAAGGCGCUGUUGAACAGAACGACAUACUUUGCGACACAUUUCUUCUGGUAUCUAUUCACAAGCUUCUUCGAUUCUCUGUUUAAGUUCUUGAAUGGAAGCAAAAAAUUUUUCAGACCAAGCAUAAUUUUUUUCUGAGCUCCAUAGUGGAUUUUUCAAGCAAAAUAAAUAGGAUAUUCAGAAUCAGCAUAGCCGAUUGAUAUAUACCGACUGAAGUCGCAUUAAAAUUUAAAAAAAAUUUUAAAAAAAUCUGAGGUUUUUAUUUAGAAUUUUUUGCAGAUCAUGACCGUAUAGUUUUUUUUUUCGAAAAUAUUUGGCGAUAAAAAAUAGUCUUAAUAUCAAUGAUGUAUGAUCUGAACGUUUUGUUUGCAAAAGCGUAUAAAAAUUUUAAAAAAAAAAUGAUCACUUAAACAGCAGUUGGAGUUACUGAGAGUGAUUUGUUUUUAUAUUAAAAGUUCUAAUUUUUAUCUGUGUGAAUUUAGCCAAAUGAAUCAAUAUCGUGAAGAACUUGAAAAUCAGUAUCAGAUGAAGAGGGAACAUUUGUUAGCAUUGAAAAAUCAACAACCACAAGAACAACAACAACAGAUGAAUGCUGAUACACAAACAAUUGAUAUAUCAAUGACAGAAUAUGAAGAAAUGAAGCAUCAUGAUCAAUUAGAACAAUUAGAAAAUAAAUUAUUGAAAAACACUGAAGAAAAAGAAAUGUUACGUCAACGUCUAUGUGAAGUAGAAAUUGAAUUAAAUCAAAUGAAAUUUAUUGUUGAACAACAACAAAAUAAAAAUGAUCAAUUACAAGAAUACGAAAGUACAUUGAAAAUGUAUGAAAUGCAAAUAGAAAGUUUAAUUAGUGAGCGUAAUAGUCUUGUUGAACAACACUAUGAACAAUUAAAACAAUUAGAAAAUCAAUAUCAAGAAAAAUUAGAACAACAAAAAGCUAUAUCAAAUGUGGAAACUGAAAUACUGAAUGAAAAUUUAUCUUCAUCACCACUGGCAACCGAUCGUAUAUCUCGUCGUAUAUUUGAGCAGGAAUUACACACGUGGAGAUCAGAAACAGAACGUUUAACUUUAGUUUUACAACAAAUUCAAAGUGAAAAUAAAAAAUUAAAAGAAUUAAGACCAAAGCUGGACAUGAUGGCUCUCGAUUAUUUAAAUGAAAAUGAACGUUUAAAACGUGAAAAUGAACAAUUGUUAGAUUCUAAUUCAUUUCGUCCAGUAUUUGCUUCUUCUACAGAUCAAACCGAUCGAGAUAUUUGUCAAUUAACAUUGAAACUGUUAACAUGUGAAGUGGCAUUACAAACUACACCAUUUGAAAAUUUAGAAAAUUUAUGUAAGAAUUUUUCAAGACAACCGUCAGACUCAAUUUAUCAAGAACUUGUUCGAGAAAUUCAUUUAUUGAAAAGUAUAUUUAUCCAAGAUGAUAGAAAUCCAGAUUUAGUGCAAAAUUUACAAAUUCAAAUGAAUAGCACAACAAAUAGGCUGAGGGAAACAGAAAGACAGCUGAGAAUGAUUCGUUUGCAAAAUGUUCGUUUAAAAAAACAAGUAGAAAAUUACACACUCCAAUUUAAACAUGUUCAACAUGAAAUGAACGAUAAAAUUCAAGAAAUAUUAACAUUAAAAAAGGAAAUAGACAGACUUCGUGCAAGUGAAUUACAAUAUCGUAUUGAAGUUGAUCGUCUGAAGGCAGAAUUUCAAGGUGAACAAUUAACGUGCAAACAAUUACAACGAGAAUUAGCUGAUCUAAAAUUAGCUCAACCGAUGGUCAAUGACUCUCUUACAAAUCUUCGUGAUAUACUCGAAUUAAAAGAACAGGAAUUAAAAGCAUUAAAAGAUAAAUUGGAUCAUACAUCAAAAACUCAUCAAAUGGAAGUCAAUGAGUUACACCAAACAAAUCAGUUUGCAUUAGAUAAUGUUAAACGAUAUGAACAAUUAGAUAGUCGUCAUAAACAAAAACGGACUGAUUUAGAAGAGCGUUUAACUAGAUUUAGCCAUUUAAUUAGGCCAAUAUUAUCAUUUUAUGAAACUCAUGGAUCUGAUAAAAUGUCCGUUGAUGAACUAUAUGCACUCAUAACUGAUACAGAAGUGGAAGGACGCAUCGUACAAUCAUUGGGUCCUCUUCGUGAUUGUCUUGGAUUAUUAGAAGUUCAAAUGAAAGACUUAAAUGAUGAUCUCACUGAAAAUCAAGUAAAAAAGCCAAAAAGUUGGAAAUAUAAAUUUGAUUCUGAACGUACACCAGAAAGUUAA